ACGCACCGUUGCCAAACAAAAAAGCCACGUUUACUAACUGGAUUGAAGUAUACUGCGUCUGUUUACCACAGGAUAGGAAAUUCGAAUAACACAAGUAUUUAACAUCUCCAAUAUAUAUCCGUAGAAUUUGAGAUGUCUUCACCGCCGAAGGAGAAAAUCGAGACCAAAGGAGGACAUCUCCCGGCUGUGAAGGCAGGGGGAAUGAGAAUAGUGCAGAAGCACCAGGGAGCAACUCCACCUGAGCCCCCUUCAAACAAGGACAAAGACGAUGAGGAAUAUGUGGAGGAGCCUAGCCCACCAAAACCUGCAGUGAUCGUAUCAGGAGUGGUUACAAAGGGCGAUAAGGACUUUACCCCAGCAGCCGCCCAGGUGGCUCACCAGAAGCCCCAGCCGUCUGUCACCAAGAUGCCCCAGAACCAGCACCUCACCCAGCACAUCCACCAGCCUCGCAAGUGAGCCGCGCCUCCACUCCCUCCCUGCUGACCCUGGUUACCCCUAGACACAGGUCUACGGUCAGUCUGGUUCACAGACUCCCGCAGUUAAGGAAGGAUUUGAAAAAGGGAAAGCUGAUCCUGGAUCUGUGCCUAAGGGCGAGCCAACGCAACGUGUCGCCAUUGGUUUACAGCGAUCAGCCUAUCACAGCAGCCUACCAACCCACCCAACAGCCAAUCACAAACCAGCAAUGAGCCCAUGCCCCCACCUGCCUGUCACAGCUGUCCACACAGACCACAGGAGCCCAAAGAGCAGUUCCUUUUGUCUGCAACCCACCAGUCACAUGCCAGAAGCAACGCUGAAGGACAAGAGAUAGAGAAAUCCACCAAUCAAAGAACUGUAUGAACCAAUUAAUCAAGCAUGCAACCAACCACCAUUAAAUGCUCAGGUUACUAGGGCAACCUCUGUUAAACAUUCCAUGUAAUCUACUCUCCUCCUUAUCUGUAGAUUUCUUAGGAAGUUGUAAGUACACACACCACACUACAUGCACACACUACACUUACAUACACACACUCACACCAUCCCCCUUCACUGAAAGUAUUCUGAAUGUCAACACUAAACUUAUGCGUUCCAGAGAGAAAAUGUUUGCCUAGAAGAAAUUUCCAAAGUCUAUUUAAUUAAGUCGCUUUUUUGAGUAGUGUACAAAUCCUUAGCCAGUGAGUGGAUAUCGGCGUCAAGUGUGGUUGUUAUAUUAAAUAAAGAUUUAACUUUAAA